GGGGGCCGCGGGCAGGGCGGGAGCCAGCUGGCCUCGAGGCUGGGGGGCCGCGGGAGGGGCCGCGCCCCUCUGCGGCUGGCAGCUCGGGGGGCCCGGGCAGCGGCGCCAGGCCCGUCCCGCAGCGGCGGCAUGGCCGCGGGCAGCAUCACCACGUUGCCGGCCCUGUCCGGGGAUGGAGGCGGCGGGGGCGCCUUCCCCCCGGGCCACUUCAAGGACCCCAAGCGGCUGUACUGCAAGAACGGGGGCUUCUUCUUGCGCAUCCAUCCCGAUGGUCAUGUGGACGGCAUUCGCGAGAAGAGCGACCCGCACAUUAAACUACAACUUCAGGCAGAAGAGAGAGGAGUGGUAUCCAUUAAAGGAGUAUGUGCCAAUCGCUAUCUUGCCAUGAAGGAGGAUGGCAGAUUACUGGCUCUGAAAUGUGUGACCGAAGAGUGUUUCUUCUUUGAACGUCUGGAGUCUAACAACUACAAUACUUAUCGCUCGAGGAAAUAUUCCAAUUGGUACGUGGCACUGAAACGCACAGGGCAGUACAAGCUUGGCUCUAAGACUGGACCGGGGCAGAAAGCCAUCCUUUUCCUUCCCAUGUCUGCUAAGAGCUGAUUGGCACGGGGCCC